AUGCGACCACAGCUCAGAAAACAACAAACGGAAGAUGAGAUAUCGGCAAGAGGAAGAAGUGCCUUGAGAAAUACUUCUUCGACGUCAAGCUUGUUCUUUCGAAGUUCAUCCACAUCUACAUUAUUUAGACUCCGGAAUUCGUUUACUAGCGGUAAUGGAUCCAGCCAUUCUACUAAUGCAUCACAACAGCACUCUUUGAGUGCAAUGUCGAGUCGAGAUGGUCUUGUUGUUAGCCCUGAUGCUGUUGAGGGUGCAGACACACACCAUAUGGUGGAUGUUCUUCCAUCGUUCGAAAUGUACAAUGCCUUGCAUCGGAAUAUUCCGCGCGGUAAUGUGAACCCCGAUCAACAUGACUUACCGCCCAGCUAUCAAGAAGUACAAUCCCAAUAUAAACAAGCCGAGCUGACAGAUGGUAGUACGGUAUCGCAACUGGAGUGUCCGUCUAGUCCACCACUCUCUCGUGGUGAUAUAAACGGAGCUUCAACACAAAGCUUGCAGAGUUUGCAUAGUUUGGCCACUAUACCAUCAUCAGUGGUCCAGAGUAACUUGCAAGCGCUAAGUACGAGAUAUGAGGCUAUUAUUGAUGAUUUGAAUGACUCUGAUAAUAUCAAUAUCGAGAAACUUUACUCUUUACCCAAGGUGUCUACUCCUGUCGAUGUAAACAUCCGGAUCUUAAAGAAAGCAACGAAGCCAUUUUCGGAGAAACCUGAAGAGGAGUCUAUCUUGAAGGAAUAUACUUCUGGUGAUAUUAUUAACGGAUAUGUUGUCAUAGAAAAUAGGUCGCAACAUCCUCUAAGGUUUGAAAUGUUUUACGUUACUUUGGAAGGUUGCACAUGUGUUAUCGAUAAGAAACAAGGUAAGCGUACCAUCAAAAGAUUUUUGAGAAUGGUUGAUCUUUCCGCAAGUUGGUCAUACUCAAAUAUCGAUCUAGCAACGGGUUUCCAGUAUACCCCCGGUGAUAUCGACCAAGACGGUUGUGUGCUUGGGUUAAACAACGAUAGAUUUUUGCAGCCAGGUGUUCGUUACAAGAAGUUCUUCACUUUCAAGUUCCCAAAUCAGUUGCUUGACAUCUCUUGUAAACACGAAAUUUUCUGCCAUUGUCUAGUACCGCCCAGUUUCGGUGUAGAUAAAUACAAAAACCAUGCCCGUUACUCUAAUAUCAAAUUGAAUUCUAUGCUUGGUUACGGUCAUUUAGGCACCAAAGGUUCUCCCAUUUUGACUAAUGAUUUAUGUGGGGAAAAUGUAUCCGUCAGUUAUACCAUAGAUGCAAGAAUUGUGGGUAAGGACAGCAAGACAAGUGAAUUGACUAUUAUGAAGGAAAAGGAGUACAAUCUUAGAUUUAUACCUUUUGGAUUCUGUCAGCCAUUGACUGGCGAGGGUGAUCCAAUAAAACAGAUGAACGCUCUACAGAAAUUAAUAGAGGAAAGAAUGGAAGCUCUUGAAAAAGUGUUUAAAAAACUUGAAGAUGGUGAAUGCAUUACUGCUAGUGACAUAAACAAUACCGAUAUUAGCGGCACAAUAGACAAUGAUACCAACGUCGACUCUACCGAUAUUGUCAACAGGAAACUCAACCAACUUCAUAUUGGGAAUAGAAUAAACCCAGAUGCUGCAGCUUUCCCCGUAAGAAAUGUCAAAUAUUCUAAAGGACCAAAAAACUCAGUUGAAUCUGAAUUCCCUUACACUAUAAAGCAUAGAUCCAAGUCUAAGAGCAGGCUGAAGAAGAGUAUUUUCAGUGGACUAUAUGGUAGUAGCAGCAACAGCAGCAGUAAUGCCACUUCACCGGAAAACGAUUCUUCAAGCUCUGCCACUAGCAGUUCACCAAAGUGUGGUAUUAUAAUGCUAGAUUGUGAAAUACCCGAAGAUGGGCUUCCGUAUCUAAGACCUUCGUUGUUGAAAAAAACUAAUCAAUUCAAUAACAAAAAUAAGCACGAUCAAUCAAAUUGGAAAUCUUUGCAAUCAUCACUGCUAGAUGAAGAAAGGAAAGUAUUGGAGCAAUUGAACAUACAUCUGAGAUGUAUUCAAGCUAACAACAGUGAACCACAUUCACCACCAGAAAUCCAGUUGGUAACAACACAACUAAUAUGUAUUACGUGCAAGGCUAUCAGUUCAUUCCCGCUGAAAUUGAAUGCCCAACUUUUGUUGAAUACAGAUAGAAUGAAGGAUAUUAUGAACACUUUUAGAGAAUACCUGACUAGGGCUCGUGAAUACAAGGCAAGAUUUAAUGAGCAACUCAAAGAGCUCAAUGAAUUAUACAACAAGUCUAGAUCAAAUUCCAGCACUCAACAAGAAAUUAGAUUUUCGGAUUUCAUUACCCCUCAAUUAAUGAAUGACAUUGAAAGUUUAGCUUCCCUUAUUAUUGACAUUAAGAGUUUAAAUACUGUGUUCAAGAAACAGGAAAACACGUUGAACAAUUCAACGGAAAAAAUAUCUGGAUCCAGCACGCCAAACCACAAUGACUCACAAUUGAGCCUACACACGUCUCUUUCCCAUGGCAGUUCUAACCACCAUGGCAAUUAUAGCACACUGAUGAAAGAAGAACUGCUGCACGAAUGGGUUCAAAGCAACGAUAAGGAAUAUGACAGGGAGGUAACAGUUAAUCUCGAAUUAGAUAAUGAGAUUAAAGAAACUCUGGUCCCCACAUUUGAGAGUUGCUUGUGCUCCAGAAUGUACUGUGUACGUGUUAGUGUAAAAUUCGAGAAUAGUGUCGGAGUGGCAUCGAUUGAUGUUCCAGUAAGAAUUAGAAACUUGGAAUGCUAG